AUGAGGUCGAUGUGGUUGCUGCUGUUGGUCGCCCUCACCCUCCACGACACGUCGUUGGUAGAGGGCCAGCGCACGGCGGCGGAGGAGCGGCCGGAAGGAGCGGCAGACCCGCUGAGCGAACAGCUUCAGAGAGCUGAGGCUGCCCUGAUUCGCUCCAUGCUGAUGGAGAUGGGACAAGAGGGAAUCGCCAACGACGCGGACUCGCCGCCAGCCGAACGGAUCUUCAAACGACAACACCCGGGGAAACGGUUGGAUGAAUUCGAGAAACGGCAGCAUCCAGGAAAACGGGAGGAGGAGGAGGAGGACGGUUAUCGGGCAGAGGAGAAAAGACAGCACCCAGGAAGGAGAGGCGUGGACGGGUGGUACUCCGAGGAGAAUGCGGCUCUAUCGAAGCGGCAGCACCCGGGCAAGAGAUUCCUGUUGUACGACCAGAGCCAGCAGCCCGUCCGCGGCGGAUGGGAGGCGCAGACCGACUCCGGGGAGAACGAAGCGUUGUUGCCAGUCAGACGGCACCAGGAGACAGCCAGCACCGGCAGCGAGCUCUCCUUCCCCUGUGACCUUCAAGACCCUGUGACUUGCAGUAAAGCUAGCUACCUGUUAGAGCUGUUAGGUGGUAAGACGGAGGUGAAGAGGCAACACCCCGGGAAGAGAUUUGUUUCAGAUGAGGACAUGGUAACAGGCAACCCAGAAUCAGAGAAGGGCGAGUUCUCACCGACCUCUGUGAACAAGAAGCUGGGUCGGAUAUGGCUUUGA